AUGAGCGGAUUUAACAAUUUUACAAGUACAACAUUUUUUGUAGUUUUAUUAGUUAGCUGUAGUUUUGUGUUGAGAUGUUCUUCACAAUCCAAUGAGUACACUGUGUUUGACACGAGCGGUAAUCUAGCGGUAGGACUCAAAGUUGAAGCAAUCAAUGGUCAAUACAGCGAUACCUAUCUGGUCAAUGGCAGAGCAGCUUUAUCCGUUACUGGACAUAACGAUUUUAAUGUCUUUUCUAUUAUUUCCUAUCCAAAUGGAUUUGAUUUGAAAAGAUGGAAAUAUUUAGAGUUUUAUCUCUAUAUAGAGAAUUCUUUGAACGUACAAAAUACUUCGAUUAGAAUGUUCUUUGACAGUUCUUUGGGAAAUCUACCGGCCGAUUCGAAAAUGGUUACCAUCACAGAUAAUAGCAACUACCUCGUUGGUAACAUCACUCAAGACUAUCAAUUGGUUAGGGUGUUAAUGUCAGACCUGAACUUUGGUGGUGUCGACUCAGUCACUCGUAUCUGUUUCAAUAGCAGACCAACAGAGUGGUGGUACAACAUUGCCAAUGCAACACUUCUUUCCUCUCCAUCUUCAACACUAGGUCCCUCUGGACAUGAUCCAUCCAAUCCAAACAAACCUUCGGUGAACAACGCCACCUACACAUCACUUUCAUGUCUAUAUAUCAUAUCAACUCUAAUUUUAUCUAUCAUUCUUAUAUAA